UCUCUGUCUUGUUGAAAGCAAGAGAAAAAAAUUAAAAAACACGUGAGAAACAAAAAAAAAUUUGUUGUCAAUAAAUUAAUUAUAAACAAUGAGUGGUAAAAAAAAGAUGAAGAAGCAAGAGGAGGAUUUUGGUGAUAUUGAUCAGUAUGACGAUGACAAUAUUACUGACAGUGAUGAUGAGUUUUCAGACAGUGACAGAAAGCGAUUGGAAAAAGUACGAAAAAGAAGAGUAGAAGAAAAUUUUGAUAGUGAUGAUGAAAUUUUUGGUUUAAAUUUGGAUGAUCUUCAAGGUGAUUAUGAUGAUGAAGAAGAAGAAGAAGAAGAAGAUGAUGAUGAAGCCGAACCAGAUUAUGACAUGCCUGAUGAACGUGCUUGGGGAAAAAAGAAAGGUCUUUAUUAUUCAACUGAUUAUGUUGAUCAGGAUUAUUCAACAACAAAUGAAAAAGAUCUUCAAAAAGCUAAAUUGGAAGAAGAAUCAGCACGUGCAAUACAAAAAAGACUUGCUGAACAACUUGAUGAGGCUGAUUUUAAUCUUCAUCAAUUUUCUGAAAUGAAUGAUGAUGAUAAAAAUGAUCAAGAUGAUGAUAAUGUUGUUGUUUCACAAGAUUUAUCAAAAUUAAGUAAAAGAGAAAAACUAGCUUUUUUUAGAAAAGAAAGUCCAGAGUUUGAGCCACUUGUCAAUGACUCAAGAGCUCGAUUAACAGAGAUGAAGGAUAUUCUAAGUCCAUUUAUAAAAUUAGCAGAAGAAAAAAAAUUUCCAAAUAUGUCUGGAGUAAAAUUUAUACAAACUAAAUAUCGUGUAUCAUUAAAUUACAUAACAAAUAUGUUGUUUUAUCUUAUGCUCAAAGCUAAAAGAAUACCAGUAACAAAUCAUCCAGUUAUCAAGCGUCUUGCUCAGUUUCGUUUACUGUUGACUCAUCUAGAAAAUAAACAGGGUGAUCUUUUAGAAAGAGCAUCUAAAUUAAUAGCAAGUGCUAAAGAAGAAGAUAAAAAUUAUGACUUUGAAUAUGAUAAUGAAAAGGCAACAAAUGACAUGAUUAAAUCAGCUAUUAAAACAACAAAACCAAUUGAUAAUAAAGAUAAAGAUGAAGAGAAAGAUGUUGCUAAUGAAGAUCAAGAAGAAUCAGCAAUGCAACUUGAUGAAAGUAAUCAAGAAAAUUUGGAAGAUGAAAAGCGAGGAAUUACAUAUCAAAUUGCCAAGAACAAGGGUCUUACACCACACAGAAAGAAGGAACUUAGAAAUCCUCGUGUUAAACAUAGAAAUAAGUAUCGCAAAGCUAUCAUACGCAGAAAGGGUGCUGUCAGAGAAGUCAGAAAAGAAACAACUCGUUAUGAUGGUGAAUGGUCCGGUAUCAACGCAUCAGUCAUCAAGAGUAUUAAAAUUAAAUAAACAACAAUGUCUUAUAAUUACUUUUAACAUAAAAAAAAAACUCAAUGAUAAAAUAAACAAAUUUUUGUUAUUAUUAAAUGAAAUUAUCAAUUUUUUUUAUUAAAGUAAUAAUAGUACCUAGUUUCAUAAACAAGCAACGUAUUUUUGAUUUUUUUUUAAUGAUAAUUAAAUAAAUUCAAGACUGAUUAGAAUUUUUUAUUUUUUUUUUCUAUUUUUAUUUAACAAUCUUUUAUUUAU